GUUUGAGAACUACACAUGUUUUGAAAGUGUGCAAUUUUUUGUAUAAGUUCCAAAAAGUGCUUUGUUGCUUUACGCGAACAACGGAGUUUAUUAUUCAGGAUGUGGCGCUUGAUCAUUCUCAUUGCUGUUUCAGUGACAGUUACGUUAUCAAUUAACUGUGUCAAACGUCGAUCGACGACGAGUGGAGAUGAUGGACAUUAUUGCGUUUGCAACGCAGAACAAUGCGAUGAAGCUCCGGACGCGAUCAAAUCGUCCAAUCUUGCCAAAUAUACCUUGAUAACUUCAAGUAAAAAUGGUUUACGAUUUCGUGUUUCAAACGGCAUAUUUAAAAAUGUUAAUCCUAAUCAAGAUGAUUACAAAUCUCAAACAAAUGAAUCUCAAAUAUAUCGACAAUUAUUAAAAACACUUACAACCACAGUGAAAAUAUUUCGCAAAAGUCUUAAGAAAAUCUUAAUAAAUCCAUCUAAAUCGGAAAAGAUUAUUGUAAAUCAGACGCAGACGUAUCAAGAAAUAUUUGGGUUUGGAGGAGCAGUGACCGAUGCAGCGGCCAUGAAUAUUUUUAAUCUGACACAAAAGGCGGCUGACAAUUUAUUAAAAAGCUACUUUGGAUCAAAUGGUAUCAAUUACAAUUUUAUCAGAACGCCAAUGGGUGGCACGGAUUUCUCAACGAGACCUUAUACCUACGCGAUGACAGAAAAUGACACUUCACUUUCUCAUUUCGAUUUGCAAGUGGAAGAUUAUGAUUAUAAGAUACCGGUGUUAAAACGAGCUCAAGAAUUAAAAAAAAAUAAAAUCAAGUUGUUAACUACACCAUGGACUGCCAGCCCUUGGAUGAAAACGAAAAACAGUUGGAAUUUUGAUGGUAAAUUACGCCCAGAAUAUCGACAAUUGUGGGCGGAUUAUUUUGUGAAAUAUUUUGAAGCUUAUCGUAAUAAUAGCUUGGAAUUCUGGGGUCUGUCACCUCAGAAUGAGCCAGUCAAUUACAUCUAUGUUGACUCAUCUUGGAAUUUUAACGCAAUGCCAUGGACUCCUGAGGAAGAGCGUGACUGGAUUAUCGAGUACUUGUCACCAACUCUAAAAAAAAAGGGUUUCGAACACAUCAAGAUCUUUGUAAUGGAAGAAAACAGACUGUCAAUUCCCGAUUGGCCGAAAAAAGUAUUUCAAGAUAAAAGAGCAAGAGAUAUCGUUUCUGGAAUCGCGCUUCAUUUUUACCUCGAUAACAUAAUCGGCCCACAUAACUUAAAUAAAAUAAAACAACUCUUUCCAGAAAAGUCAAUAAUAUAUACAGAAGCUUGCAUUGGAGUUUUUGAAGAUCAAAAGGUAAUCCUAGGGUCAUGGAGGCGUGGUGAGAUAUAUGCGAAAAAUAUUAUCGAAAACAUGUCGAACUGGGUAUCCGCUUGGAUCGAUUGGAACAUAGCUUUAGAUGUGACUGGUGGACCAAAUUGGGUCAAAAAUUUCGUUGAUUCGCCCAUAAUAGUCAACAGCACCGCUGACGAAUUCUACAAGCAACCAAUGUUCUACGUUCUUGGACAUUUUUCAAAAUACGUUCCACCUAAUAGUGUGAGGAUCGGUACAACAAUGGAAAACAUGAUAGGAAUUGAAAAUAUUGCAUUCUCUACGCCCGACGGUGGCGUCGUAUUAAUAAUCUUAAAUCUAAACGAACAGAAAAAAACAAUUUUGAUCGAAGAUCCGAAGAAAGGGACAACAAAGAUAAAUGUUCCCCCAAGGUCCAUUAAUACGAUGAAAUAUUGGUAGAUAGCAAGAAUAUUAAUUCGUCAUAAUGUUUGUCCG